AUGGAGGAGUAUGGGGGGCCCUCAGGCCAUUGCCUCUACACCAUGGCGCAUCCCGAGGUGCCGGCGUUGGAGCAGGUGGAUGAGAUCUUCGCGUCGCUCGAGCCCUACUUCGCGAAGCGGUGGCUCCACGUGGAGCUGAAGCUCGGGCAGCCCGUGAGGGGCGAGUUCGAGGAGCCGCUCCCGGGGGAGGCCGGCGAGAGGCUGGAGGACACGCUCGUGGGCCCCGACGUCGGC